GCGCGGUCCGCUGGGCGCUGGCCGUCUUCCAAGGGGGUGGAUACCCGCCGCUGGGGUGUCCACGCAGCCUGGCGCGGCCUAGCUGUCAAAUCGGCGUGGCGGCGUCAUCACUGGGCCGUCCGAAACGCAGCGCAGGAGUACGCUCAGCGCCCCUUUGAAAUGGAGAGGUGAUUCUUGAAAGCGCGAGCUCCACAAAGUUGUGCUUGCCUUCCGCCGAUCCUGACAGAUACUCCCGCAAGAAAUGUUCAAAUCGUAUUCGCGUCUCCGAGAGGGAAAUGCGGCGACGCUACCUUCCUUCGCUUCGCGGGCUACCGACAACAGGGUGAGCUUGGCGCCGGAGGCCCUCAACCGAAGGCUGAGCCUGGCAGCAGCUGUGCUGAAGCCGGCGGCGAGCGAGAGUGCAUCCCCGAACGAAGAUAACACCCCGUCCGGCAGCUACUCAAGCUUCGAGGCAGUGGUCCGCGACCGGAUACUGCAAGACAAGAAAACAGACGUCGAUGUCCGUGGCGAGCCGACAGUAACCUUCCGUAAGGAUGGCGAACAGAUGGGCAUUGACCUCGAGGCAAAGGAUGCCUUGGCACAGCUCAGGAUGGGUGAAGAUGCCCCCGUGUUGGAAAGGGACCUUAUACUGGCGAGCGCUUUGGUCAGGGAUGCUAUGGAAAGCUAUCAUUCAGACUUCAAGAUGACCGAGAAAGCAGUCAGGAUCUACAACAUGUAUCACCACUGGGGCCUGCAGCUGGUACUGUACAUUUUCAUUCUAAUUAAUCACCUCUUGGCUGUUUUCGAGAGACCUGCUGUUCGCGGCUGUGAACUUCCCAUCUGGGGCACCAUGCUCAUCGAGUUUAUCUGUCUGAGCUUCUACACAUUCCGGCUGGCACAAGCGGCCAGCUUCAGCCGAGCCGAGGUGUUCUGGAAGGACCCCAAGAACCUGGUCGUCAUGGGCGUGGUCGGGGUCACGAUAAUCGACAUGGUCAUCUUCGUCGCCAUGGAGAUGGGUGGUUUGACCGGCAUGGGCAUCCGCUGCACGCGCCCACUCAGGCCGUUCCUCAUGGUCAACUUUGCGGAAAACAAACAGGUCCGCCGUGCGGUGCGAAAUAUUCGCAACACGCUCAAAGAGAUUAUCUACGCACUCAUCUUGCUGUUCAUGAGCAUCGCUCUUUUCUCGCUGCUUGCCCUGAAGCUGUUCCAACGAAGGUCUCUAUUCUACCCCGAUGGCCGCCCAUACUUCAAGGACUACUUCGACAUAUACUUCAGCCUGUAUGUUUUAAUUACCACUGCUAAUCAUCCCGACGUAAUGAUGCCUGCUUACAACGACAACGCCCUGUUUGCCCUGUUCUUCGUGGUGUACACACUGAUCUGCCUUUACAUCUUCAUGAACAUAAUUUUGGCCGUCAUAUACUACAAUUAUCGUGAGAAUCUCAAGAUUGAAGUGCAGAAUAUGGUUGCGGUGAAGCGCGACAACCUGUCCCGUGCCUUCGACCUUCUCAAAGUUCGCGAUGGAGAUUCUUUCGUCAUCACGUACAGCCGCUUCGGGGCCCUGCUUGAUAAGAUACCGCCGGCGAGAAGUGAAGUAACGAAAAAAAUUCUUUGGUACGUGCUUGACCAAAAUGGGGACAACAAAGUGGACCUCCCAGAUUUCAUGUACCUUGCUGACCUUCUCAACGUACGAAUAGUCGAAACGGAAGAAACUGAGAAUUGCUUCGAGAAGUUUAUGCCCCGUGUGUACAACUGCGUGGUGUCCCAAUGGAUUCGCACCAUGACAGCACAUAUUUUUUUCAGAUACCUGUUUGACUUGCUGAUUCUAGUCAAUGCCAUAGUCAUCGGACUGGACGUAUACGAAGCGGAGUGGUUCUUUCUGACAGUCUUCAGCAUAGAGAUAAUGCUCAAGAUAUACGCCUUUGGAUUCGUUCAGUUUAUGAAGCAGGCAUGGAAUGUUUUUGACUUCAUCAUCAUUGGUUCCGCAGUGGUUGGAACGUUAUACGAAGUAGCUGUUGGAGCAUCAAACAACAGCAGGACAUUGACUCUUGACAUUCUCUUGGUCUUGCGAGUUCUCAGGCUUGUGAAGCUCAUCCGCAAUUUCAAAAAGUUCCGUGGAAUUAUCAACACCAUCACUAACCUUGGGCCAUCAAUACUGACUUUUGGCGGCGUACUGUUUGCUGUCUACUACGUCUACGCUGUCAUUGGCAUGGAGCUUUAUCGUGACAAGAUCACAUUCUACGGAGGCUUCAACGGCACGCAUUCUGUGGAGACGCAGCUGUACUGCGGCAACGACAAACUGAAGCACUCGACCUUUUAUGCGACGGGCUACUGCAAGAACAACUUCAACAACAUUUUCAGCUCCUUCGUGGUCCUUUUCGAACUGAUGGUUGUCAAUCAGUGGCACAUCCUGACCGAGGGAUUUGUGCAUGUUACGAGCAAGGCUGCCCGCCUGUAUUUCCUACUGUUCCACCUGUCCUGCGUCGUCAUUGUGCUGAACAUUUUCACGGCAUUUGUGCUGGAAGCCUUUCUCCUGGAGUACACAAUUGACAAGACCAAGCUAGAGAGUGCCGUUGAAACGAAGAUUGGAGAAAUGGGGCUCAAGCUUGGAAAACAACCACGAAAGAAGCGCUCCAAGGAGGAAGGUGGCAAUGGCGAUAGCAAGCCCCAGUUUCCCGAAAUGCACGUCGACUCCGACCACAACGUGUUGGAAGACAGCUUAGACAAACCGGACGCUGCGAGGAACCCGAAUGUUCCCGACAUGUCGGACAGUGUGAAAAGCAGGUUUCACAUCAUGAAGAAGAGAAGGGUUGAAGACAUCUUGGUGAUGAUGUUCGAGGACGAACUCGAAGAGCUCGAAAUCAUGGCCAUGGCUGCUGCUAACGUGUCGUGCACUUGUCCGUGCACCUGUGGCAAGAAGCAAGCAGCCAUGUAGUGAAUGCUUUAGCAUGCCGCGAUAGCGUGGUCUCGCAGUCCUCACUAUUUCGGUUGGGCUGUGCAUGUUGAGAUGCUUGAAUCUUUUUUUCUAUUGUGCAUGUUGUGUGACAGUUUGAGAGCUCUGCAUCACGUAAUAGUCACCAAGGCAAAGUGUCACGAGAUUCAAUUUCGAUGGUGAGCAUGUAAUGAUUGUGCAAUAUUAUAUUGCCGACACUAAGCUUGAUUUUUUUUUUUUUGCUAGUGCAGCUUUCUUAGGUUCGCUUUGAACCAGCGUUUUUUUAGCCGAUGUAAUUCUCAGAACCCUCUACAGUUCUGCUUGAUUGGCGGACCCACAGCUGCUCAAAUUAACUCUGCAGACACACAUCAAUGUAUUUUUUAUAGUGAUCGUGUAGCAUGAUAGGACCUUCUUAUUUAAAACUGUGGCACAAAGUGUCUUGUAUACAAAAGUUCAUUCCAUUACACCUUAUUACGUUUAGCUAACUUAUACAUGUAUUUGUAAGUCUUUUGUACAUAAUUACUUAGUAGAGAGGCUUGGCUCUUGGCGCAACAUGUCUGCCUACUUUCAGGACUCCCAACGGUGUCCAUGCAGCUAUAGUGAUCAAUGGCUGUGUUUUAGCAUGUGCUAGGCUAAGCCCGUUGUAUUUAUAAAUAAACUUUACCCUGUUGGUGAUAUUUAAAAAUG